GGUAACUAUAUAUGGGAUCGAGCGGAAUUGAAACCAGGAGGUGAAGUGGUAGGGGGGAGGGAACCCUUGGAUGUUGGAACGGGAACGGUAGCUCGGAGUCAGGGUGGGACUGUCGAGCGGUACAGUCUCUUUUCCGUCGAACCAACAAACUAAACAAAAUGGCGGAUAAGGAAAAGAAGAUCAAGAAGAAGAAGGCAAAAGAAGACGCGCCCGCAGAAGAGGCCCCCGCAGCGGCACCCGCUGCUGACCGUCAAUCCUCCAGAGGAAGCCGCAAGGCUAAGCGCACCGGUUCCAAUGUCUUCUCUAUGUUCUCCCAGAAGCAGGUCGCUGAAUUCAAAGAGGCCUUCCAGCUAAUGGACCACGACAAGGAUGGCAUCAUCGGCAAGGGCGACCUCCGCGCCACCUUCGACUCCCUCGGCAGACUGGCCGUCGAGAAGGAACUCGACGACAUGGUCAACGAGGCAUCCGGCCCGAUCAACUUCACCCAGCUGUUGACCCUCUUCGCCAACCGCAUGUCCGGCGGCUCCGACGAGGACGACGUCGUCAUCAACGCCUUCAAGACCUUCGACAACGACGGCAAAAUCGACUCUGAGAGGCUCAGGCACGCGUUAAUGACCUGGGGCGACAAAUUCUCCGCCGACGAAGUCGACGAGGCGUACGACCAAAUGGAAAUCGACGAUAAGGGCUUCAUUGACACCGGCAAGCUUAUCACCAUGCUCACUGCCAGCGCAGAGGAGGAGGAAGGCGGAGAGGCCGCGUAGUGCAGCUGAAAGGACACCAGGAGCGGCACCAGGGCUAGCAGGGCCACCACCAGGGCUACCACCCGACCCGCUGGGUUCAACAACGGAUUAAACGUUGCGAACCGAACAUCUAUUAUUUCAUUUAACUCUAUGUAAUUUAUUGUUUCCAUUUUUUUAAUUUAUAUUACUUAUAAAUAUAAUAAUGAAAAUAUAGUUAUUACUAUACCA